UGGGGAUGGAGCCUGGCAGGUAUGCUUUGUAAAGCUCCUGGGUUACUCUAACAUGCGGUCAAGACUGAGAACCCCAGGUCCAAGUGCACAGUGCAUACUAUCCCUGGCGGAGCAAGCAGCAGGACACCAACGUCCUCACGGCCUCUGCCCCUUGACUUUGGCCCAGGGCCUCCCUGUAGGCCGAGGGGCUUGUGCCUCAAGUUGGGGGGCAGGGAGGCUGUGUCAGGUCCCCAGGGCAGCGGUGCAGUGACCUGAGACCCUGACUGCAGUUCGAAGAGAUCCACGAGGUGAUCGCGCGCUACAAGACCUUGGUGACCAUGCACCACGACCUCAUGCGGUCGGCGCAGGAGGGCCAGGAGAAGAUCGAGCGCGCCAAGGCGCAGCUGGCGCGCUACAUGGAGGAGAAGGACAACGAGAUCCUGCAGCACAACAAUGAGCUCGCACGCCUGCAAAUGCGCUUCGACCGCGCGCGCAGUGAUGUCAUCAUCUGGGAAUCUCGCUGGGCGCACAUCCAGAACACUGCUGCCAAGAAGACCCUCUUGCUUGGCACCAUUAAGAUGGCAACGCUGAACCUCUUCCAGAUUGUGAGCAAGCAGCUGAAGGAGACGACCGACGUGGACGUGACCCUGGAGGACACGCACAAGCAGCUGGACAAGAUCCAGCAGUUUAUCCAGGACCUGUCAGACAUCUGGGCAGAGGUGAAGAAGAAGGAACAACAGCAAAUUCGGGUUUAAGGAGUUGUGGUUCCAGAAUGUUCUGAUACAGACAAAGAGAGAAUAAGUUCCUGAUGAGCUUGCAGUACAGGCAUCCCAGUCCAUAUCUCUGGGACCCUGUGCCUUUCUGCUGGUGAACACCCUGCCAUUUUUCCCCUUGGCUUCAGUUUUUCUCAUCCCUAAAAAUAUUAAAUUCAU